UUUUCAGUUUGCUCUUCAAGCCCGUGGGGGUAAGACGUGACUCUGGUUACUAUCAUCAAAGUUUAAUAAUUGUCUGAAAAGUCAACUCACAUUCGUUCGUGUGGCGAUACAACAACUUUGGAGGCAAAGAUCUUGGUCAUCACAGCAGCAGCAGAUUCAAGACAUUCCUAAUUCGUGUAUCAAGUGUUCCCAUUCUGAAUGCUAAAUAGCACGAGAUAUUAAGAAACUGAAGAAAGGAGUUUAUAAGGAGUUUUGACGUUUCAUUAGUCUCACUCUGUGUGUGUGUUUUUGGGAAUCGUGCUCACCAUUUACAUAGAACUUCUCUCAUCCUUAUGCCACACGUGUUGUGCCAGCUUUUACGCUGCUGACCGUGAAACAACAGCCACUUAGACAUCGCACCGUUCCGUGUGUUGAUGCGAUUUACGAGGAUAACGAUAUUUCCACACAAAAGACGUCAACUUGAAAAGUGGAAAAUUUAAUGCUGACUAUGAGAAAGUGACACUCGUGGUGCUGAUGCCGUGUGUAUAACAUUUCCAUACGCAAAUAAAGGCAGACUUAUCUCCACAUAUUACUAAAACCUCCUCCACUUCGUGGACCGAAUACGGGAAAAGAGAAGCAAUGAAGCUUGUCUGUUGCGUAUGAAAUUCAAUUUUCUCCUCAAAACCUGCACCACAGGUGGAAGUUAUUGAGACAAGUGUUUAAAAAAAUACAUGGAUUCAUACAUCGCGUAUAUAAUAACAAUAACUCAUUGAGGGCAAAUACCUACCAGAAUUGUUACAUAUGUAACAGACAUUUGCAGAUAACAUCUCAAUUCAUCACAAAACUGGAGCAAACAACAAGCACGAACAAAUUAGUGAAUUUCCUUCUUGGGAAGCUAAUAAUUCUACAUGUUUAGACAGAUUUGUAAGUAAUAGAGGAAAGAGAACGCUUCUACUGUUUAUGUUUAACUGAGUAACUGUUACUCUAGUUUGUUACUGCGUUGUGAAAGAAUAUUUGCAAAUUUCUUGCAAAUGAAUAAAGACUUGCUGAGCGGAAAUCUUGCCAGCUUUCUUGCCUGCUAUCCGUUUCUGGAGUAAGAAAGUCAAGCUAAACAAAGUAAAUAUUAGGUCUGGAAGUUGCAGCGUUAUUUCGCUUUGAUCGUUGAUAGCGAAACAAUGUGUCGUUGUUUAUAUAUACGAGUUUUAUGUAUGUAGCUAAGGAGGAGCGUGCAAGAAAAGGGUCAAGCUCAUAGUGUUAACUUUACAAAUUGGACAGGAAGUUUGUAUGAAAUGGCGACUAUGUGAAAAUUAAGUGAACUGCUGGUGAUUUGCGCAAUCCGUCAUAAAACCGGAUUUUACGUCUUUGAUGUAUGUUGUAACUUGUAACUCAAAGCUUCUCUUCUUGUGUAUUUACUAAUCCACACUCCUCUACGCGUUCCUUCCUUUGAAUGGAAAGUAGUGAAAGUGAAGCAACAUGAGCCAACUCUAGAUUUCAUCUUUGUGUAUGCCAUCGUUUUGCGGGGAAACUUGAUAUAUUUGGAGAAAGUGGUCGUGUUGAAUGCAAGGACAUUCUGACUGGAUGCCAAACAAUCUGAGAAAGAGAGAGAGAAAGCACAGUUGCCAGUGCUACAAACCCAGAGCUGCAAUAGUGGCAGUGCUGGAGAUGCGAAGGAACUGCAGUUUCCACUGGAUCCAUCAUCGCCAGUCGUGAAAGGUAUUGUGUGCACCCCGAAUCCACAAGUUCAACACAACUUUUGGGCGAGAGACUUUCACUUGACAAAGCAAGUCUUAAACUUUCUCAAAGAAGCCAUACGACUGCUCUUGAGAUUCCGCCACGAUAAGAAGUUAAGUGAGUGAGUGAGGGUAGUGUAGUGGGCAACUGGAAUCUGACUUACAUACACACGACCAAGGCCCCUGGUAGUGGUUGUGGCUGGUAUACACUGAAUCCGAUUGUGGUUCUUUAUAAAGCUUUUGCCGGUUUGGCAGGAUCCAAAGAGAUCAAAUCGAAGAGUGAGAAGACGGACAGAUCACCGAAGAGGAAACCAACCAACAAGGAUCCUCCUCAGCCAUUGACGAGGAGGAAGCAGAUUCAACUCCCAAGUGGUUUCCCUACCACCGCCGCCGUACAUAUAUUCACCAAAGUCAACUAAAUCACAAUUUACUGCAACAAAUAGAUGCGAUGCCGUCGUCGUCCUCCUCCUUCCUCCCCGUCCACCUUGAUCAUAACCACUUUCUUUCUUUUGUUGCUGCUGGUGGUGGACAACGAAAGAGGAUCUGAAUUGGAUUAGACACGCAUUGUGUCAUCAUCUGAUGGUUUUUUUGCCACUAAUGCCCAUACAGCUGAUAAAUCAGAUUACGUACAUACCUAGCACCAGCAAUGAGACUUUUUAUGUCGUUACAUUUAGAAAUAAAUAAUCUCGACUUGACUCACUGCAUUGCAGCAGUCCGCACGGAACCAAGUUAUUUCUCUACACCUUGAAAACUCGUGUCAAAUUUCGCGAAACUUUAUUUGCCACAAACCCGAAAUUACGAUAAUGCUUGCCGAUUAUUAUUAUAAGUUUAUUUGACAACAUAACAGUCGUUGUGGUUGUGAAACUACUCCUCGAGCACAUAAGUGGCACAUUCUAUAUGCAGUAAACUAAUGAAGUAUUGCAAUCCCAGGCUGGAAAAUAAAUACCAUCGGCAGAGUCGAAAUGCUUAGGGUUCUAGGGUUGUAAAUAGGAUUUGUUGCCCUGUAUAUGUGUCUGUGUGGGUGGGAGAAAAAAAACUGUAGCCAAGUGGCAAGUAAGUGGAAGGUGAUUUACGACCGAUAAUUUUUUUCAUGACCUAUCACAAUGAACCAUCGACAUGGUUCAGUUCAAGACACUUUGAUCAGUAGUGGUAAUAUUGAUCAUCAUCCGUGCUGUUGGCUGGAAGGCGCUGAUGCUGAUUGCCACCAACAACACUACUUUGGAUCUCAUUCCUACAAUACCAAGCCCAAUAUUUGUUGUGGCACUGAUUCGAAUUCCAAGUCGAGUGGUGUCCGUCGCGGAAAACUUUCCCCAAUUUCUCCAAGAAUGAUUACGUCUGCUGCUGUUCAUGACAGUGGUUUUAGUAGCAGCAGAAGCAGUGGCAUUAGCAGUGCGACUUGUCAGCAGAGGAAGAAAUCCACUACCCACGUCACCAUCAUCAACCAGUUUCACCUCGCCUCAGGAAGAAGGAUGGAUGAUGAUUCUGCUCCCAUUUCCGAUUAUCUUCAUCCCCACAGAAAAAGUGUACUUUCACACAAUCCCAAUGAAGUGACCGGUAUAAAAAAGUCUGAACUGACAGCAAAAGUCAAUCCCACAACCAUGUUCUGGUUCAUUUGUGUAAUGAACCAUUUUUUGAAAAAAUUGCCAAAGUUCUUUUCAAACUGUAACUAUAAAAAUAAGUUUAUUGUAUGUUCACUCUUUUGGAAUCUGCUUCUCACAUUGUGUUGGAUUAGCCCGAGUUGUGGUCAAGGUCCAGUAGUUGACGUCCUUGCUGUUGCUUACAAAAAAGCCAUCCUGCCGUGCGAUAUUGUUGCACCAUCCCCAACAGACUCAACAAUCCUCGUCCUAUGGUACAAGGACCUUGGAGACAUGCCUAUAUACAGUUAUGAUGGGCGUGCAAAGCCGGGCGCUCAUGCGAAAAACGAAGUUUUACUGGGCCAAAGAGCUUAUUUUCGAACAGUGACGGAGCCAGCGUCCCUCUCGAUAGACAAGGUUAGCGACCAGGAUGCCGGACUAUACCGAUGCCGAGUUGAUUUUCUGAAAUCGCCAACAAGGAACUCCAAAGUCAAUUUGACAGUGAUCGUGCCACCUCAAACUCCUGCAAUCUUUGAUGGGACGGCAAGGGAGCUGACUGGCAUUGCGGGGCCGUACAAAGAGGGAGACCCGAUGACACUCACAUGCAUCGCAUCCGGAGGUCGACCACCACCAAAGGUUACCUGGUGGCGAGGAGGAUCCCUAAUCGAUUCUUCGGAUAAAGUGAUUUCUUCUGACGGAGCAACACAAAACACAAUGACGGUGGACAAACUCUCGAGGUCAGACUUACGCGCAAUUUUCACUUGCCAAGCCAGCAACAACAACAUGAGCGAACCAGUCUCGGCGUCAGUUCAGGUGGAAAUGUAUUUUCGUCCUCUGGAGGUUACUUUGUUAGGGUCUAAUCAACCCAUGUCGGCUCUGCAAGAGAUUGAAAUCGUCUGUCAAAGUGUCGGGUCACGCCCACCGGCCGAAAUCUCCUGGUACAAAGACGGCAUGCACCUCAAGUCAAGCCGGGAAGAGGUGUCGCCUACCGGAAAUGUGUCCACAUCCGUGUUAAAAUUGACCCCUCGAGUUGGAGAUCACGAGAAAUCUUUAACAUGUCGAGCGGAGAACACCCGUUUGGAUGGGACCGCACUGGAAGACAGUUGGAAAUUGGCCGUAUUCUUCGUCCCGAUUUUAACACUCAAACUGGGAUCAAACCUCGAUGCGGAAAACAUCCGUGAAAAUGACGAUUGCUACUUUGAAUGCCAAAUCAGAUCGAAUCCGUGGGUAUAUAAAGUGGUCUGGUUGCACAACGGUGUCAUACUGCAACAUAAUGCCUCCGCCGGCAUUAUAAUGUCGAAUCAAUCACUGGUCUUGCAGAAAGUCAAGAGAAAUUUAAUAGGCCAAAUAAUGUGCAGUGCUACCAACAUUCAGGGCGAUGGAAGAUCUAACCCCGUGGAGCUGAAAGUGAUGUACAAACCAUUGUGCAAACCGGAUCAGAAGAGAGCCUAUGGAGUUGCGAAAGGCGAACAAGUUGAGAUCGAAUGUCAGGUUGAUUCUAAUCCAACGGCUGAAAGUUUCAAAUGGGCUUUCAACAAUAGCGCUGACAGCAUCGACGUUCCACAAGCACGAUAUUCCACCAGCUCAAAUGCCAGGUUGGGAUCAUCCAGCAUCCUCAAAUACACGCCUCACACCGAACUGGACUACGGAUCUGUCAUCUGUCUGGCAUCCAACAUCAUUGGUCAGCAAGUGGAGGCUUGCAUAUUCCACAUUAUUCCUGCAGGCAAACCCGAUCCUCCGUUCAACUGCAGCGUCCAAAACAUAACUUCCGAGUCACUGGAGGUAGAAUGUGUCGAAGGAUUUGAUAAUGGGAUGCCGCAAAUUUUCCACAUGGACAUUUUUGAUGCCGGAAACUCUCAUCUGUUGUCAAAUGUUACUUCAAUGAUUCCAUUCUUUGUUGUGAGUGGGCUUCGACCCGGUCAAGCCGUGCGAUUACUGGUCUAUGCAGCCAAUCGGAAGGGAGGUUCCGAGAGGAUCAUCAUGGAGGCGCAAACUAUUCAAGAAGCUGAGAAACGCACGGGUAAGGCCACUCAAGUGGACUUUGAGCUGACGCCAGUGUUGGGAGUGUGCGUAGGAGUUGUUUGCGGUCUGCUGGUUGUGGCCCUCGGGGUUGUCCUCGCCUUAAAAUUCCGAACUGAAAAUCGACACAGUCCUGCCCUCAAGGUCACCAAAACUGAGUAUCGUGUCGACAUGGACGAACCGGAGGAAAAGAAUCCGGAUAUUAUUCCCAGCUCAAAGGAUUCCGACUAUUUCUACAAUGACGGACUUUACAAUAAUGGGCCAAAGCGAAAUGGUAGUAUUACAGAAAACUUUCAAAACUGCACGUAUUACAGUAACAAGAGCAAUUCCGAAAUCACGUACGCCGAGUUGUGCCUGGACAACAAUGGCACCGGGCCGGCGAACGGUGGGCCGGGGAUGCUGGUGGGAACGGUGGGUGGUGGUGGGAAUUGUGGAUGGAACACGAUGGACAGAAAACGUCGGCGAAAUCCGUUAGAUGAAGCACCUCCUCCUUCAAAUGCCAUCAUUUAUGCUACAAUCGACCACAGAGCAAUUAGGACAAAUGGCGAGCCCCCAAAUCACCACCAUCAGCAACAACCUCAUCAACGGGAAAUUGUGUCAGUCCGGACUCCACUUCUUGUGAACUCGCAGCAAGAAAGUUGUGUGUAGAACUGUUCAAAACUGUAUGCACAACAAGCGUACAUCCAACCAAACCAGGCCAAUGACAAAAGUCCUUUCCCUCAGCAUUUACACAAUUACAUAAUGUGGUGAUAUUAAAAUAUGUUUCUUAUAUAAUCUUAACUAUUAUAUGUCUAAUAUUACUGUAACGUACAACGUAUGUACAGUAUACUUGCGAUGACGAUAGGCAUAAUCAUGUAAAUGAAACGAGUAACUAAAUAUUAAAUACAUGUACUACGGCAUCCUCUUAAAUUUAUUUAGGAGAGAAACAAAUAUUUAAUAUGAAAUGAAACUCAUUAUUAUUAUUAUUAUGUACUAGUUUAUUUAUACUCCUCCUCAGAGUAUGAUCAAUGUAAAGUUAACACAGGAAAAUGAGAAUUAUCAAGUUCCAGAACUACAUGUACUAUUUGCCAAAUUUUGUAGGAUUACGAAAUGUCAAGGAACUACUAGGUUUAGGUAUAUUUAAUAUAAAUGUGUAGCCCCGAGUUGUUUCACAGUAUUUUCAAAUUGAAAAUCUCAAUGUGUAAAUAUAAGUUUUCGAUGUCUAUGACUUGGUCGAGAUGCAAUUUACUUCAUGGCGUAUGUACCGAUGUCAUGUCAAAUAGUCACAAUGUCAUGAACAUCACCACUUUACCGAUCUGUAAAGCAUAGGAAAACCCAAAAGUUUCAAAAUGUGUAUUGCAGUAUUUUUAUAUAUACAAACCUGUGAUCUGAUCUCAAUUAUAGUCCCAUAGUACGUAGGCUGUUUUCAUGCACAAUUGUAUUUAAAUAUUAUGUAGAUCGGGCUAAUCAAAAAUGUAAUACUGUGCAUAUGUAUAUUAUUCGUGCGAGUGUGUGUAGCUUGCUAUAUGAACGUGAAUUAUGAAUUGAAUUUGUAUAAUACGUAAUUACGCUAAUGUCUGUAAUUAAUGAAUAAUGUUAUAUACACAUUUUCUUCGUAGUUUAUAACUAAACCUGGUAUUCGUCGUCGUUAUUAUUAUUAAUUAUGAGAAAGCGCAAUUAUAUUUUUGACCUAAUAGUAAUUAAUUACUGUUACUAAUUAUAAUUGUAUAUGGUCAAUGGACGUUUUAUGAAUUCAACCGUCAUGUGUUGUAAUAAUGAAUGAAUUAGUUGUUACAUUGCAUGUAUGUAAUAUGCGUUUUGUGCUAACACUAAUUUACAGAGCUGCAAUACUCAAAUAAUCAUGUAAUAUCAUAUAUGUGAAGGAAAACUAAAAAUAAUAAAAAUUGAAUCGAGAUAAAAUAAAAAUCCCAUCAAAUUGAUAUUACCAAUUUAUUUCCCAAACAAUCAAACUUAAUUUUGACUUGAUGGCUGCUCGACAAAGUUUUUAUAAUAUAUGGAUUCAAGAAACUUUACAGAAUUUUAUCAUCCAUCAAUGAAUGAGAGCGACGGCAUUGG